AUGGUAAGAACAUCCAUUAAUUUUUCUAGGGACUUGGAAAGUUUGUUGAAGUUGGAAGAGUUAUCAAGAUCAAUUAUGGUCCUUAAGAAGGUAAAUUGGCCACUAUUGUUGAAAUCNUUUUAAAAGUAUAGUUUCUGAUUAAAUUUCAAAGAAGAAUAGAGAAAGAAAGAGAUGUAUGA